UCAUUAUUUGUACAUCAAACAUUAAUAUUCAUCUCUUCAAUCUUUUGUAUUCAUAUUCACAUAUUCUAUUUAUUUAAUACACUUAGAAAAACACCUAUACACUUUACCAAGAAAUUAAGAUGGAGAACUUCCCAAUUAUUAACUUGGAAAAGCUCAAUGGAGAUGAGAGGGCCAACACCAUGGAAAUGAUUAAAGAUGCUUGUGAGAAUUGGGGCUUCUUUGAGUUGGUGAACCAUGGAAUUCCACAUGAAGUAAUGGACACAGUAGAUAAAAUGACAAAGGGACAUUACAAGAAGUGCAUGGAACAGAGGUUCAAAGAAUUGGUAGCAAGCAAGGGUCUUGAAGCUGUUGAAGCUGAGGUUACUGAUUUAGAUUGGGAAAGCACUUUCUUCUUGCGCCAUCUUCCUACUUCUAAUAUCUCUCAAGUACCCGAUCUUGAUGACGAAUACAGAGAGGUAAUGAGAGAUUUUGCUAAAAGAUUGGAGAAAUUGGCAGAGGAGUUACUUGACUUGCUUUGUGAAAAUCUUGGACUUGAAAAAGGUUACUUGAAAAAUGCCUUUUAUGGAUCAAAAGGUCCCAAUUUUGGGACUAAAGUUAGCAACUAUCCACCAUGUCCUAAGCCUGAUUUGAUAAAGGGACUCCGCGCUCAUACAGACGCUGGUGGCAUCAUACUUCUAUUCCAAGAUGACAAAGUGAGUGGCCUUCAACUCCUCAAAGACGAGCAAUGGAUCGAUGUUCCUCCCAUGCGCCACUCUAUUGUGGUUAACCUUGGUGACCAACUUGAGGUGAUCACGAAUGGGAAAUACAAGAGUGUGAUGCACAGAGUGAUUGCACAAACAGACGGGACACGAAUGUCACUAGCCUCAUUUUACAAUCCAGGAAGUGAUGCAGUAAUAUAUCCAGCAAAAACUUUGGUUGAAAAAGAGGCAGAGGAAAGUACACAAGUUUAUCCAAAGUUUGUGUUUGAUGAUUACAUGAAGUUAUAUGCUGGACUUAAGUUUCAAGCCAAAGAGCCAAGAUUUGAAGCAAUGAAGGCAAUGGAAAGUGAUCCAAUUGCAAGUGCUUAGAUUCCAAUUCAAUUA